AUGAUCGGUUACCUAGCACUUCUUGCCGUUAUAGCCUCUGGAGUAAGGAGUGGCGCUGUUGGAGAAUGUCGAUCAGAAUGCGUUGAACUCAAUCUCUACAAAAUUGUUCGAGUCCAUCUGAAGGAUGAAGAAGGCAAAGUUCCUUUCAAGAAACGGUGCCCAUCAAACGAUCCAGUCCCACUGAUGCAGCUUGCAACAUGUCCACAAUCAUUCAAGAAAAUAUAA